UCCUCCUCCUCCUCAACAAGACAUCACAACACAGCUCCAUCUCUCUCUCUCUCUCUCUCUCUCUCUCUCUCUCGGCUCAUUAAUGAAAAGAAUCCAGGCAGAGAUACGGUGCUUGUGAACCAUGUCGUGUUGAAAUCCAAUUGCAGAGAGAGAUUCUGAUUUAUUAAUGGAUCUGAGUGUAUCCAGGAGCAGGAGGCGAAUAUCACCGUAUAACACCAUCUUAGCCACUCUGGUCGCCCCAUUGAAAUCCGGGCUAAUUACUACAAUGAAUUUGAUGAAGAUAUUGGCGGCUCUUUUGGUCUCUCUCCCUGUUCUGGUCACCCUCUCUCUCGUUCUUCGCAGCCCACCUCCCGAUCGGAUCAAAGGCUUCGCAGACGCCAGAGUUAUACAAAGACUCACUCGUAACGACACCUCUUCAUCCAACUCCGAAGAUGGUUUCUCUGACCACACCCAGAUGCCCAAAGACACGCUACACGAUGGACUAAUUGCUCCUGGGUUCGAUGAAGGCUCUUGCCUGAGUAGGUACCAAUCCAAUUUAUACCGAAAAAUUUCACCCCACAAACCAUCUUCUUAUCUUCUCUCUAGACUACGAAAUUAUGAACAUCUUCAUAAAAAAUGUGGACCCCAUACCAAAUCCUACAAAAUAGCAAUGGCACAACUCAAGUCUACUGAUCAGGGCAACAGUAGUGUUGGUGGUUCAACAGAGUGUAAGUAUGUGGUUUGGAUAUCUUACAGUGGCUUGGGGAACAAGAUACUGACCAUAACCUCUGCUUUCCUCUAUGCUCUGCUCACAAACAGAGUCCUACUUGUUGACCCUGGGAAGGACAUGGCUGAUCUCUUCUGUGAACCAUUUCCUGAAAACUCAUGGUUGCUCUCUAAAGACUUCUCCAUUAAAGAAAAAUUCAACAAAUUUGAUCAGAAAUCUCCUCAUUGUUAUGGGAACAUGUUGAAAAACAAGAAAAACACUUCAUCAGAAUUAGUGCCAUCAUUUCUCUAUCUCCAUCUGGCUCAUGAUUAUGAUGAGCAAGAUAAGCUUUUUUUCUGUGAUGAAUAUCAUAGUCUUACUGGGAAAGUCCCUUGGUUGAUAAUGAGAACAGAUAACUACUUUGUCCCAUCACUUUUCUUGAUGCCCUCUUUUGAGCAAGAACUUGAAAAGCUGUUCCCAGAGAAGGAAACUGUUUUCCACCACUUGGGUAGGUAUCUUUUCCACCCCUCAAAUCAUGUAUGGGGGCUAAUCACAAGGUACUAUCAAGCUCACUUAGCAAAGGCAGAUGAAAGGAUUGGCAUUCAAGUUAGAACUUUUGAGUCAGGCCCUAGCCCACUUCAGCAUGUGAUGAAUCAAAUUUAUGCCUGUGUUUUCAAGGAGAAAUUGCUGCCUCAAGUGGAUAAGCAAAAACCCGUUGUCACAGCUCCAUCAGGGAUCCCAAAACUGAAAUCGGUGCUAAUUACUUCUUUAACCUCAGGAUACUCUGAGAAUAUGAGGAAUAUGUACUGGCAACACCCAACUGUGAAUGGGGACUUAAUUGGGGUUUUUCAGCCAAGCCAUGAAGGGCAUCAGCAGACAGAUAAGAAUCUGCAUGACAGAAAAGCUUGGGCUGAAAUGUAUCUCCUGAGUUUGUGUGAUGUGUUGGUCACAAGUGCAUGGUCAACGUUCGGAUAUGUGGCUCAAGGUCUUGGUGGCCUGAAGCCAUGGAUUUUGUACAAGCCUGAAAAUCAAACAAUGCCUAAUCCGCCUUGCCGUCGGGUCAUGUCGAUGGAGCCUUGUUUCCAUGCUCCCCCAUUUUAUGACUGCAAAGCAAAGAGAGGGGUUGAUACAGGUGCGCUUGUACCUCACGUGAGACAUUGCGAGGAUAUGAGCUGGGGCCUUAAGCUAGUCGGUAGUCAUGAAUUUCAUGAUCAGUUGUAGCUGCUGUUUUUCUGGAAUGUAAUGCGACAAAGUCAUUUUUUUCUGGAUCAGAUUGUUGAUAGAGUUAUGUGGUAGAAUGACUUUGCUAUUGAAUGUAAAUCAAGUAUUCUUUACUUUGCACUGCCA